GAAGGAAUUCUGCAAGGGACCGGCAUGCACUUUCCCCUGGUUUGCUUAUCUUCUUUUGCAUCAUAACCGACCAGAUGGCUGGAGUGUGCUUUUGUGUCCAAAACCUGGUUUGCAGAUCGCCGCUCGAGCCUCGGAUCAUCUGCAGCCUUGAGGAGUGCAGUUUUCCAUUUUCGAGUUUGGCCGAUGAUGAUCCGAUCGAGUGUGGGCAAUCGAUCGAAUAUCCCUCAACUCGACUCCAUCGGAUGGAGCUCUGCCUUUCUCGGCGACACAAGCGCUCGCUCGUUCCCAACUUCCCCGAGUCAGUCGAUAAGGACCGCAAUUUCGCUCGAGAGGUCUCCUGAAACCCACCACCGGAACCUCGGUCUACGAUUCAUGGAUAAGCCUCGAGGCGCACAAAGAGGAGCUUAACUGGGGCUGCAUAAUUUUCAUUGGACCGAGCUGGCCUUAGCCGUUAGCGUUGCUUCCUGAGUUUUAACGGCUUUGGGGAACACGUCCGACACGUGGCUCACGGAAUCUCCGAGGGCAGCGUACUUUUGGAACUUGGGGGCGAGACACGGAGUAUAAGUACAUCUGACGAGAUCUACCCUACGAUUGACCCAGAAUUCUUUUGUGGCUUCAUCGUCUGUCAAAAUGAAGGGUUUCUCGUCCGCCGUUGCGGCGCUCCUCGUCUCCAACGCUGUCGCGGGUUCUUGCAAGCCCCGCGAUACUACUUGCCACUGCCUGCCUGAGGACUUGUGCUGGCCUGCGUCGAAUAAAUGGGAUGCCCUCAACAGCACCGUGGGCGGCCGUCUGAUCGCCACGGUUCCCAUUGGAUCUCCCUGCCAUGAUCCCAACUACGAUGAGGCAGCUUGCGCUGCGCUGCAGGCCGACUGGAACUACCCGCAAACCCACUACCCCUCUUCCUCCUCCAUCAUGCAGCAGUUCUUUGCGAACCGCAGCUGCGAUCCCUUCACCGACCGAUCCACUCCUUGCGAGCUCGGCAACUACGUGAGCUACACUGUUGCUGCCGAGUCGAGCGACAAUGUCGUCGCGGCUGUCAAGUUUGCCCAGAAGAACAACAUUCGCUUUGUGAUUAAGAACACCGGUCAUGACUACCUAGGUCGCUCCACCGGUGCCGGUGCCCUCUCCGUUUGGACCCAUAACCUCAACAGCAUCGAAUACCUGGACUGGUCCGACUCGACAUAUUCUGGUCCCGCAUACAAGCUAGGCAGUGGUGUGCUUGGAUACCAGGUGCUCGAGGCUACUCACACUCAAGGCCAUGUCGUCGUCGGUGGCGAGUGCCCGACCGUCGGUCUUGCCGGAGGAUACACCCAGGGUGGAGGCCACUCUGCGCUCAGCACCAGCUUCGGUCUGGGCGCUGACCAGACUCUGUCAUUCGAGGUCGUGACUGCUGCCGGAAAGGUCGUGACUGCUUCCCGCACUGAAAACACCGACCUCUACUGGGCUCUCAGCGGUGGUGGUGCCGGCAACUGGGGUGUUGUUCUGUCUACUACUGUCAAGGCGUACCCCAACACCCUCGUCUCUGGCGCCCAGGUCUCGUUCAGCACUGCCAGCAUGACCGAUGAGGCCUACAUUGACAUCAUCACCAAGUUUCAUGAGCUCCUCCCCGCCAUGAUCGACGCGGGAACCACCGUGAUCUACCAGAUGCUCCCCGGCGUCUUCCUGAUCAAGCCCCUCACCGCGUACAACAUGACCACCGACCAGGUCAAGGAUGUCCUCAACCCCUUCUUGACUGCACUCACCGAUGCGGGCAUCAAGUACACCGAAGCCUACACCCAGUACGAAGACUACUACAACCACUACAACAAGUACAUGGGCCCUCUCCCUAACGGUAACCUUGGCGUCGGCGAGUUCAACUACGGCGGCCGUCUCCUUUCCCGCGACAAUCUCGAGACCAACUCGGCCGGCAUCGCCACCGCUCUUCGCAACAUCACUUCCCAGGGCAUUGUCGCCGUCGGCGUGGGCCUCAACGUCGCCAACACCAACGACGUCCCCAACGCCAUCUUCGCUCCCUGGCGCAACGCCGCCGUGACCAUGCAGAUCGGCAGCUCGUGGAACGAGACCGCCCCCUGGGACGAGAUGGUCGCCGCCCAGAUGCGCAUCACCAACGACCUCAUCCCCCAGCUCGAGGCCGCGACCCCCAACUCGGGUGCGUACGAGAACGAGGCCAACUUCCGCCAGCCCAACUGGAAGGAGGUGUUCUUCGGCGACAACUACGAGGCUCUUGCUAAGAUCAAGGCCAAGUGGGAUCCUGAGAACUUCUUCUACGUCCUCAAGGGCGUUGGCAGUGACUACUGGACUGUUUCCGAGUCUGGACGCAUGUGCAAGGCUUAGAUUUUUUUUUCGUCUUUACUCCUUCCCUUGUGAUGCCUAACGUAUAGCUUUGCUGUAUCUUAGCGUUUCUCCGAUAGACAUAGAUUAUAGACUAAUAUUCGCAAAUAUUUAAUUCUUCGAUGGGAUAUCUAUUCUACUACUGCUUUUGAUAAAUGAACAACAAUUACAAACGCGAC